UCGAGGAGAGGAGAGAGAGAGAGAGAGAGAGAGAGAGAGAGAGAGAGAGAGAGACUCAGGGAGGGUUUCGUUUCCGUUUCUUGCGCCUCCUCCAACCGCGGCGGCCGUCAGUGGGGAGCCUCGUCGGCGUCCGCCUCCGCCAUUCGCGAGAGGAAUUCAGGUGAUCCCUCUCCCUACCAGAGCCGCGCUCCCCUCCGAUCCUCCCCGAAUCUGGAUGAUCUCCCCCGAUUCCGCUCGGCUUCGCUGAUCCCCCCUCCGCCGCCGCCGCCGCCGCCGCGGCGGGUGGGCUAUCCCGCUUGUCGGAAUCGAUCGAUUUCUGAGGCCUUGGAUUGUGAUGAAGUCAUGGAUAUCGGGCCGCAUAGCAUCCAGCUGAUCGCGCCGCCGUCCCUCUAUCACGCCGCCUCCGCUGCCGCCAUGGGUGAUCACCGCGACCCGGCUUUCCCCGCGGCGGCGGGCGGCUGCCGGCUGCCCAAGACGUCGUCGGUGAGCGUCACGGAGUCCGUCACCGCGGUGCACGAUUUCAAGGUGACGGGUUACUCGCUGAUCGAGGGGCUGGGCAUCGGCAGGUACGUCAGCUCAUCCACCUUCACCGUCGGCGGCGUCGACUGGGCCGUCAGGUUCUACCCCGACGGCUCCACCGUCACCUGCCUCGGGAACGCGUCGGCGUUCCUCUACUACUGCGGCAGGGAGAAGGAGGUCAGGACCAGGUUCACCCUGAAUCUGCUCGGCAAGGACGGCAAAUUGUCGCAGGUGACCAAUUCCUACAUGAAGCACACCUUCUCCCCGGCGAGUGACAAUUGGGGAUUCAUCAAAUUCGCCGAGAAAUCGAAGCUGCAGAGCUCGCCGUUCCUCCACAACGACUGCCUGACCAUCAGGUGCUUGCUGACCGUCGUCAGGGAAUCCCACACCAAGGAUGUUGAGGUCAAUUCUGUUGUUGUCCCACCGUCCAACCUGCAUACCGAUUUUGAGAACAUGCUCCAGGAUGGUGAAGGUUCAGAUGUGACAUUCACCGUGGGUGGCCAAGAGUUCCGUGCUCAUAAAUGUGUUCUUGCCUUCCGGUCCCCGGUGUUCAAGGCCGAGCUUUUCGGUCCGAUGAAAGAAAAUGGCACGCAAUGUAUCAAGAUCGACGACAUGGAGCCUGAGGUUUUUGAGGCUCUUCUUCACUUCAUUUACACAGAUAGGCUGCCAGAUAGCUGCAGAGAUGGCAAGGCUGCAGCAAUGCAGCACUUGCUAGUUGCCGCGGAUCGGUACGGAGUGGACAGGCUGAGGCUGAUUUGUGAGAGGCGGCUCAGCGAAACCAUUGAUGUGGAAACAGUGGCAACCACUCUUGUUUUAGCAGAACAACAUCACUGCUCGCAGCUGAGACAGGCUUGCAUUGGGUUUGUGGCAUCUCCAAACAUGCUUGGGCCAGUCAUAGAAAGCGAUGGAUUUAAGCAUCUGGUAGAAAGCUGCCCGUUGAUUAUGAAGGAGAUCUUGAGUAAGGUUUCACAUAUUUGGAUUGACAAGUCUUGCUGAGAAGUUUAUUAAGCUAUCACUUUUGUAGUAGUACAUCUUAGUAGUUAUGAAAGUCAUGAUCAGUUAUCUACAUCUCUAUAUGCGACUUUGAUCUUUUUAAGUUGUGUGAUCCUUCCAACGCCUAAUAUGUAUGAACAGUAGAAAUCUUAUGUAUAUGGAUGACUCCUUAGCACCAUGGUGUAAGUUUGGGCAUUCUUCCCCUUUUCAUCUUUUUUGAAAUGUUGGAUUUACUCUAUACUCA